AGUGACACGUCACGUAGAGUUCCGGUUGAAUCUGCCUAUUUUGGCGGAGCAGUCUGGGUUGCUCCCUGGAGCGACCUUGGCUCGAAUGCCGCUCCGAAGCUCCCAUUGGAAGACUCCAGAACUGUUCUCAAUCUGCCAUUCGAACAGACUUGCUCUCGGCGGAUCAACAAAACUUGCUCCGGAGGCGUUCCGAAUCUGCCAUUGGAAUUCAACAUAAUUUGUGGUCGCGAGGAGACGCAGCGCGUGAGACGCAAGAAUUUGAGUCUUUGGUCGUCAGCGUCGUCACAUCGAGGAAACAUGGCGGAACUCUACGCCUUUCUUGCUGACGAAGGGGUCAGCGACAGCGAAUCUUCGCGACAUUUUCGUGAACACCGCGAUGCCUUCGACAGCAGUGUGACAGAAGAGGAGUUCAUCGGCCAUUUUCGGUUAUCGAAGGCUGCUGCCCGGGAGGUGUGCGACGCCGUUGCUGAUGACUUACGCCGAUCCCAGCAGUGGCGCAGCACAACUCUGUCGGUGGAGCAGAGGGUCCUGAUGGCGCUCAGAUUUUAUGCAACAGGAGCAUUCCUGGACAACAUCGCCAGUGAUGAAUUCAUCGCCACUACAAAGCGCCCGGUCUCCGAGGCUAUCCAUGCUGUCAGCCUAGCCAUAAUAAAAAAUUUAGGACAGAGAUAUCUGAAGUUCCCGGCAUCCACAGAAGAGAAGGUGGCCAUCAAACGGGACUUCUAUGCCAUAGCAGGGAUACCCGGAUGCCUUGGUGCAAUUGACGGUACUGCAAUAGCCAUCAUCGCCCCGAGUCGCAGUGACCCCCGCUUUGUUGAUGGGAAUUAUUAUUCCCACAAGGGAUACCAUGCCCUCAACGUGCUAGGGAUGAGAGUGUGAUUCUGAUUUAGAGUUGCUAUGACAGUGACAACGAGCUGAGCUUUUAUUCAAAUUUGGCUGCCUAAAUUAUGUUAUUUGCAGAUCUGUGAUGCCAAUCGCAGAUUUCUCCACAUUGACGCCACGUACCCAGGGAGCUGCCACGACUCCUCAGUGUGGAGCAUGUGCGAAGUCCGUCUGCGAGCACCGACGACAUUUGCUGAGGGCGAGUGGCUGUUAGGAGAUCUGGGGUACCCUCUUGAACCGUGGCUCUUGACUCCUGUUCGUUCCCCUGCAACACAGAAGGACCAGGCAUACAACAAAGCCCACUGCAAGACCCGGGUUCGAAUUGAACAGUGUUUUGGAGUUUUGAAGAUGCGCUUCCGCUGUCUGCAUCGCUACAGGACCUUGCACUUUGCACCUGACAGGGCAUGCAAUAUUAUCACUGCAUGUGCAGUUUUGCAUAAUAUGUGCAUUGAGUACAAUUUGCAAGAUCCUGAACACGAAGAUGAAGGCUCCGAUCCCGAUCCUCCUGCUGCUCCCGAGGAUGAAUGGGAUGAUGUAGAGAGCAGUGCAUCACUGACUGCUCAGGCAGUGCACCGCAGGCAACAAGUUGUUAACAGAUAUUUUUAAAUGUGUAUGGCAUAAAAGUACAGGGACCACAUAAUUUCUAAUUCGUACAUUCUAAUUUAAAGGACUUUGUGACAUUUUAUUUAGGAUUGAUUUCCACCAAAACCAUGGUGCAACCAAAUUGCAGCCUUCAAAUUGCCUGACAUUUUCACGUUUUCACUUCUCCUUUCAAGGAAAAUCCUGACCAAAACAAAAGGGAACUUAUCCCGCUUUUACUAUUCUUGCUGCAAUGACAUCUACAUACCAGUAUGUACCUGCCAAAGAAAAUUUAGGACCGUAUUGCAAUUUAUUGGCACGCUACAGGAGGGUAAGGAAUGGGAAAUGCAUGUGCGUCAAUGGGACAGACAAUCAAAUCAGGCCCGUUUUCUCUGUUUGAGAUUUUUCGACUUAUCCCCUUAUUGCAUACAAAGGUUCAAUUUCGCUUGGCUUCAACUGAUUUUUGCCACUGAUUUUUGCCAAUUCACUGCCAAUUCACUGCCAAUUCACUGAUUUUUGCCAAUUUUCCUGAGUUUCCCAGUCACAUGAAAAUUCCCUGACAAGUCCUGCGUUUCCAGGUUGGUAGACACCCUCAAAACACCACAAAAGCGGAUGUCAGAAAUUAAGAGUAUGCUGAGUUCCUCAGUUUGACCAUGUCAUUCCAUUAAGUGUAUUUGAUGUCAUUGUGUCUUCUUUUCACAGGUGCUGUAACGUAUUGCACUCACUAUUCUGUUUACUAUUAAUUAUUUUUGGUCACUGUGAAUGUUAUUUCUCUUACUGAUUUUGUGUUUUUCACGUUAACAAGAAAUGUGCAAAGUUAUGUAACUGUGUUAUGUUUACAAUUUGUAUAUGUUUUCCAUAUACUCCAACACUUCAUAUUUUGCAAAAUAUUUUCAUUGGCUCUUGUCGUUCCAAAUGAAAAAUAUAUUUCACAUGAAAACAGUGUCUCUUGCAACAUUUCCCACCAGUACAUCACGGGGAGACUUUGAGUAUUAAACUGCAAUGAAGAUGCAUAAGUAGUAAUACAAAGAAUGACCCACCUUAGAUAUCAUUGUUGGCGUUCCUUUCAUUUUCAAUCUUGUACCUGAAGUACUCUGUCACGGCUUGAGCCAUUGGAGUGAUGAUCUGCACACAAGCGAAAGCAAACAAUCUAACAACCCUUCCCCAUGUAAUCUUUCUUUGUAUAUGUAUGUGUUUUGGAUGAUGAGUUUGUGAUGACCAUGAAGCUUCACAGGUAUGGAAUUUAAAAAAGUGCAUUCACUGUC